GAGCGCGUGAGGAGUCACACUGGGAGUGCUUUUCCUACAGCAUCCGAGGUAUUUGAAACUCUCAAGUUAAAGAGUGCAAUGGCGUCCUCUGGAGAUAUUCAUGUUAAGGAGCUGGACAAGCGUGCUUCUGGACAAGCAUUUGAGGUCAUCCUGAGCCCUUCGGCACCAGAUGCCAAGGGAGAAUUCCCUCUGUCCACCCCCAAAAAGAAGGAGGUGUCUUUGGAUGAGAUCCAAAGGAAACUGGAUGCAGCAGAGGAAAGACGUAAAAAUCAUGAGGCAGAGGUCCUGAAGCACUUGGCUGAAAAGCGAGAGCAUGAGAAAGAGGUUCUCCAGAAAGCAAUGGAGGAGAACAACAACUUCAGCAAGAUGGCAGAGGAGAAACUCAACCUGAAAAUGGAAGCAAACAAAGAAAACCGUACAAAACAGAUGGCAGCAAUGAAUGAGAAAUUUAAGGAAAAGGACAAGAAAAUUGAAGAAGUCCGAAAGAACAAAGAAACAAAAGAUGGAGGCGAGGCUGAAGAGAACUGAAGGGUUUUUCUUUUCUUUUUUUUGUGCUACUCUGUUUUAGGGAUUUUUUUUAACUUAUCCAAAGAUUUAUUUUUGCUCCAUUAUAUGGCCAGUAUUAUAUGUUCAUUCUGACACUUUUAGCUAAAGUUUAGAGGACAAACAGGUGCAUAAUUAUCUUCCAGUGCUCAGACCUACUUUAUAUCUCCAUCACCUGUAGAGUUGUCUACUUGAAGCUUUUGGCCUGUUAAAUAAGCAGUUUUUUCUCCUAUUGGGAAGCAUGCCUGUGUUACACAUAGGUCUCUGGCUUUGUUUAUUGCUUUGUGCAAGUUGACCUGUACCUGUGUAUGUCGAAACCGCAGUUCUUUGAGCUUAAUAAAGUUGCACAGUUGCUUAUUAUGUUUUAGAGUUUAACAGUUUUAGAUCUGCCCUUUUUGUAGAUGGUCAUUUAUGAACAAAUACUAUCUGUCUGCUUGUCUGUGUAACUCUCUUUCCAUCUGGUUAACAAGCACAUUCCUGAAUUUACCUUGUCAUUGGUAAACUUGUUAAUAUUUCUGGAGAAACACAGAUCCGUACUAGUAUCACAUUGCAGACAAAGAUGUGCAUUGAUAAUAUGACCUGUAUUUGAUAUUCAUAAACACGCUUUCUAUAUUGGCUGUACUUUAUCUUUAAAGAGUGAAACCAAACAAGUGCAUUCACUUAAACAUGCGUGAAAAUUUCCAGUAAUAUUGCCAAGUAAGAUCUAGUCUGUUUUGUAUGUGUUGGUGAAAGUGAAUCAUCACCAGAGGAACCGUACAUCUAAAAGGCUGACAUUUGUUUUUUGCAUGUUGCAGUGGUCUCCUCAUCUAUUUAUCUGUUAAAGUGCAUUAGCUAGAACAUUCUCCAGUAAUUCAGCCUGUAGCUAGAGCCUUCCUACUCAAGGGUGUGGAUAAUGGUGGCCUGCUGUCACAUGCCUUUAUUAAUUAUUCAGACAAUAGGGCCUGCACUGUAAAACAUUUCAAAUUGGUUUAACUUGGAAAUGCAAGUUCACCUGCUGCCUUGAAAAUGCAAGUUAACUCAAUUUGACAAUGAUCUUUGUUUCAACCCAGAAAAAGUCUCAAUUAGUCAAGACAACUAAUUAAUUCAAGUCUAACCUUUGAAAACUUGCACAGAUUAGUUCAAAUUAAAACACUUUUCAGAGCUCAUUGAGUUAAAGAGAAAAAGUAAGUGGACAUAACUAAACAAGGCUGAAAUGUUUUACAGUGUAUAGAUGAUAUUCAUAAACACACUUUCUAUAUUGGACGUACUUGAUCUUUAAAGAGGGGAAGAAAAAAAGUUUUCAGUCAAGUAUGUGUGAACAUUUCCAGUAACACCAAACAGCCAGGUUUAGUCUGUUUUGUAUGUGUUGACACCUAGUGGCCCAUUUGAAGGCACAGCACUUAUUCAUUCUUGAAAAUUCUUUCUAAGAGGUUGCUGGGGAAGACGUGAUCUGCAACCGAAACAUCAACUGAAUGAGGGUUUUUGAUCAGCUUAUAUCCAUGCACAGCAAAUCCGAGCUCAUUUGACUGUCUUGAAUAAAACAAGUUGUAUGUUUCCACAAUGUAAAUACACCUUCGUUUUUAAA